UCAAUGCAAAACGAAAGUUGUGCCGAACACACAAUAGAGCGUCAAUUUUAAAUGACAAUAGCUCACCUGUUUGUUUAGUGAGUGCUAUAUUGGUGCGUUACACUGGAAUAAACAAUGUACCUUGCCUAACUUACGGAGUUACGGUCUAGUACUUAUUUACGAAAGGAGGAAGACCCCUUUGUAUUAGCUACACGUUUUCGAUGGUACUUGUUAUGUGCGAGGAUAUUAAUUGUUCUUUUUAUUAUGCCAUUACCGUGAAUCCCGUAUAACAACUAAUUAACCAUAAAAGAAUAUGACGCAACCUGUCUACUGCGGUUUCACUGAUAAUGGGAAACAUAGGUAGCCAAACUGGCCAGAUCAGCCAAAAGCAUGUGUCUGAAGAGCAAUGGGCUCAUUCGUUUCCGAGAACCCAGCCCAGGCUUCAGCAACACAAGGUUUUGCCCGAGAGAGACGCGAGGCAAAAACUAAGACCCACCAACAACGGUGAAAUCCUCCAAUCCGGAGGCACGAUCAGUGGACGACCCAAUUUUACCAGAUCUUUGUCUCUAGUUGGCCCACAUGACGAAAGAGACUCUAGGACCGACGAUGACUUGUCAGCCGGUCCAAGAAUGUAUAAACAGAACCAACGCGAUCCCUUACACAAGUCCGGAAACAGAUACACCCACAUGCAAAGCAAACAUCAAAACGCCACUGAACAGAAUAUGUUACGCGAUAAGAUGAAACGCUUUGGUUCCGAGCCGGAUCUUCGUUAUUCCACUCCGGUGACUCCAGCAGAUCGUGAAAUGAAGGAACGGGUGAGGGUGAAGAAAAAAUACAAAGCCCCUCCUCCACCACACUCAAAAAAAGCGGAAGCAAACAGAGAUUGGGACGAUGACAAUUCACAAAUGCGCAAGAAUCGUCUAUUUAAGACCCAAGCUGAAACUAAAAACGCUUACUCUAGUCCUGUAAAUAAGCAAAACGUCGACAAAAUGAAAGUCUACAAGACGAACUCCAAUUCCGGCAAUGAAGAACCCAUUAAAGUUGAUCAAAGAACAAACAGACUGUCGCUUCCUGACUUAAAAGUACCUUCCACGACGGACUUCCAGGAAGAACUGAAGGAAGCCACCAAAAGACUCAGAUACACAAAACCAGAAGAACCAACCAGUAUUAAAUACAAACCUAGCAACAUCUCAAGGAACACGGACAACAACUCCAAGUUAAAAACAUUGGACCCGAAUAUUCACAACAAAGACUUCAGAAAGAAACUGAAGGAAAUGAGCGAUGAAAUACCCUUUAAUGCGGCCCCAAGGAGCGAUCCUUCAGGGAAAGAAUGCUCAUCCGAAGAAAAAUCGCCAAUCGUCAAGCAAAAGGAGCAGCCAAAAACUUUUUAUUUCGGCAUGGAUGAGCCACAAAACGACUUUGACAAUGACAUAAUCGACCACUUCACCUCCAGUCUCCACCCAAUCAGCAAAGCCAAACAAAUUUCAAGCACCUCAGACAGUGACCUAUCAAGCGAAAUGGAAAUGGACGACUGUCAAAUAUCAAAGGUCGGAAUCGACUUGCAAUUACGCCCAAUGUUGCCCAAGAAGCAACUGGAAAUCCCCAGAUUCUCUCCAGCUGCAGCCUGGAAACUUCUAUCAGCCAUCGAUACCAGCGAUCCGGCCACCAGUACAAUUGCUAGUGACGAUUCGCCGGUUUUUAUAGAAGACAGGAUCGAAAAGUAUUCUAGGCCACCUCCACCUACAGUACAAAUCGGUCCGAGGUCUAGCAACGACAAAUCCGGCGACUCCGGCAUAUCCGGAGACGCCGGACCUGGAGGUUAUGAUGACUCGCAAGAAAACAUAUUGAACGCUGGUGAUGCUCAGUUUCACAGGAACCAGCAGGACAUUUCGUGGACUCCACAACAGGACUUGGAGGACGAUUCUAGUCUGGAAGAGGGCUUGAAUCACUCCCUGGAAAACCCUAGGGAGUACCAAAAGAAGCCUCACGUUUUUAGUUUGUCUUUGCCCAGGGACAAUCAUUUAGCCGCGUACAUGGUUGAGAAAAACAUCAAUUCGAGUACUAGUUUGCAAAAACUGAAAAGAUCAGUUUCAGGAGUUUUGAAUAAUCUUUCACAGAAUAAAAAGGGGUACACACAUUCACCCUUAAAUCAAGAUCAAAAUGAAAAUUGGUUCUUGAGUAAGUCGGCCCCUAAUUCACUUAGUAACGUUCCUAAUUCAUUGGAAUCGAAGGUUUCUCAGAAGGAGGACACUCAGAAUACAGUUCCAAAUUCUGGUAGGGUUAUGUACUUGCCCGAGUUUGACGCUGGGUCGGAUCAUCGACACAGGUCCAGGACGAAGAACGAUGUUAAGGAAAGGAGCAAAAGUGCCGACAGAUCCAGAAGUAAUACCAAAUUGUCGGUGUUUUCCAAGAGUUGCGAGAAUAUAAGUGCGGAGUUGGAUAAGAGUAAUCAACGUCCCGAGAAUCUUCAAGACCCCCCAAAACAAUACGAGUGGAAAAGCAACAGAAAACCUAAGAAAUUUACGUUUCAAAGCACUGUAAGACAAAUUGAGAGGAAAAGGCUGGCUGAAAAGUUGUCCAGGGAAGCUGAACGCAAGGAAUGUCAGAGAUUGAGGGAACUCGAGGCUAUGCAGAAAGUCGAAGAGGAGUUUCAAAGGAAAAGGGCUCGGGAAAAGGCAAGUAUUCGCCAGCAAUUAAGAUUGUUCACACUGGAUGAGCCUUGGUCAAGCCUUCCUCCUGGUAUCGAACUGAAGGACGAAAUGCCUGUACGUCAGGAACCGGAAGGGGCGAUUUCCUCAUCAGCUACAUCCACACCACCACUGGUGACCAAGACGCCGGAUUUGGUCAAGAAGUCCAAAAAGACUGAAGUACAAAAAUUCAGAUCCAGUUCUGAGAGUUCUGAGGAAAUUAAGACGAAAGUUACUGCCACGCAAGUCUUGUCCGAGUAUCGUCAACCUCAAAGGGAUUAUAAGGAGUUCAGGUCUAGCGGAAGGAGGAACGAAAAUGAUUCUAGACAGACCACGGUUCAUCCGAAGGUUAUUUAUCAGAUGCCGAAGGCAAAGGGACAAAGUAAAAAUACGAACGGUACGAACUAUAGAAAAGACUUUGCUCAUGGAGUGAAAAGUACUCAUUCUAUAGAAAGUACUAACUCCGAGGAAUCGCAAUCAAGGAACAAUUCGCCACGACUAUAUCAUAGCAAAUAUGCACCAAUUACAAGGUUUUAAACAACAAAUAUACAAGUAUUUAUUGAUUUUACGGACUAACCACCUUCAUGUAUUUAUAUAAAUAUGUAUAUACUUAAUUCUUAUAAACUCUGUAUGUUUUAUAAUAUUGAAUUAACACAAUAAAUGUGAGUUAUUGUUGA